UUCUAGAGGUGUAGUUCGUUGCUCUCCGCCCUUAUCCACUUUUCCUGUAUAUCUCCCUACAUAUUUGUCCAUGUCGACGAAUUUAUUUUAGGCAUGAUAAUUUUUCUUAAAAUUGCGUCAAAUUAUUCAAAUUCUUUAAAAGUGUGCCAGUCGGAGGAGGGGGCGCGUCAUAGUUUGAGAGUAGUUUGAAGUUUUCGGUUGCUGAUGUUUCUGUGGAUGGGUUCAAUUCAAGUUUUGUUUACAAUCGCCGAAGCUGAUAUCAGCCUACUUCACAGCUUCCUCAGUGGUAGUUGAUAACAGAGAGCACAUGGUCUCCUGACUACAUCUCCAGGUUCUUUUCUGCCGGCUAGGAGUUGAUGACCUGAGCGGCCUCUACUAGCAACCCUUUAUCACACCAGGAGCUGCUUGGUAUUUAGAGUUAAAUCAACCCGGACAAUUAACUAUUUUUAUCAGCCUAAUGUUGUUUAGUUCAAAGAUGACCUCUGACGAGAUUUAUUUUAAGUCUUGUGUCAGUUUAUUCUACAUCAUGUCACCUGUGACCUUCAUUGCUCUCUGGCUCAUCAAGGCUCCAUACGGAAAACACUAUAGUGAUGGAUGGGGUCCAACUAUGCCUGCUUCUGUAGCAUGGUUUCUUUUUGAAAGUCCUACUCUUUGGCUAACCAUUUAUCUCUUUCCGAUGGGCAAGCAUGCUGCCGAUCCGAAACGGCUUGUCCUUUUGUUGCCGUUCCUCGUUCACUAUAUUCAUCGCACUUGUGUAUACCCCUUUCGCCUCUACAAAAAAAAAACCUCUGCUGGGGUUCCCGUUAUCACAGUCGUGCUAGCUUUUAGUUUCAGCAUUUUAAAUUCAUACAUCCAGAUUAGAGAAAUUUCUCAUUACAAAAAUUAUGACAAUGAUAACUGGUUCUGGUUUAGAAUUAUAUUAGGCCUCCUUUUAUUUUUGUGGGGCAUGAGGAUUAACAUUUGUGCCGAUUUAGUUUUGAUUGGGCUGAAGAAAAGGAAUGAUGAUUAUAAAAUACCGAGAGGUGGUUGGUUUGAGCUUGUGAGCUGUCCCAACUAUUUUGGAGAAAUUGUUGAGUGGCUAGGAUGGGCUGUGAUGACCUGGUCUCCUGUAAGUUUAGGAUUUGUCUUUUUCUCUUGUGCCAACUUGGUGCCCCGGGCUCGUGACACACAUGAGUGGUACUUACAAAAAUUUAAACAUUAUCCGAAGAGAAGAAAAGCCAUUAUCCCUUAUCUAUUUUGAAACAACAUCUCUGGUGUUCUGAUCUUUGGGGUAGUCUCUUUAGAAAGAAAUUUCUUUGGUUGUUCACAACCAUCCAUAAGCUUUAGUUACCACCUCAUAAAUCCACAGCUACCUACAUAACGAAGUUUUGUAGUAACAUCCCUGAAAGUUUUUCAGAUUUGACCACUUUUUUGGAAAUUUCACAUCAUCAUAUUUAAUUUUAGAUGUUGACAAUUGAUUUUGUGUAAAAAAUAAUCUACAUACAAAUUGCUAAUUGAACAUCAAUUGCAGACUUCACUAAGAAAUAAGCAAAAUAAACUAAUUUAAUCCUCAGCUAAGCAAUAUCAUGGAAUCCACAAAACAAACAGACAAAAUUGUUAUUAAACUAAGUAAUAUCUGAGGAAUCGCUUAAUAUUUUAAUGAAGAAAUAAUUGUAAGAAAAGUGUUAAGUAUAGAUGUAACUGCUGGCUUUAUAUGCCAAUUUUCAAGAAUAUUGGGUUUUGACAUUUUGUAAAUUUUACAUCAUAAUAAGUAAUAAUAAUUGGA